GUAUAUUCCUCCACGAUCGAGUUCGCGCGCUGUUGCCCGGCGUCGGCAUUCACCGCGCGCGGUCCAUAUCGAUAUUGACGAUCGCCGGCGCAUGAAACACCACAGCUCCAUAGCCUGGCCUUCCUUGUCCCCUAUGCAGAUGUGUGGCAACGCCGUAAUAAUCCUCUGAAGAAAGGCGAUCGGCCGCUUUCCUGCUGUCGCGAAACGUCGACACCACCCGCCAUCCUCCGCGCCCCUCCACCUCCGCCAGCGACCACUUCGCAUCGCUUCCCGACACUCGCUUGCUUCACCCGCCUCUCCGGCGCCGACACACGACGUGGGGAGGUGAAACACGCGGACUGGAGAGCGCGCAGCUUCUAAGCGACGACCACCCCGGUCUCGCGUUGCCUGGCCGGAGGCUCGUCGAGACUGCGAGAUGCCCCUGUUCGCGAAUGCAAUGGAACCUCCUCUUUCACCACCACCGCAGUCGCCGAAUGCCAUCCAGCGGCCGCCGACCGCGAACAUGCGGACCACUCACUCGCGGACCCAGAGCCGCAUGUCGGCCAGCCGGGUCAGCGACGAGGACGCCUCGCGGACAGCGGUGAAAGUUGCUGUGCGUGUGCGACCGCCACUCCAGGCUUCCGAUCCCGGCUACGACCUCAUACCGCAGCGAUUCCGAGAGAGCACCUGUGACGUGCCGACUCCCAACAGCCUGUCCGUGCAGUCACCACAAGGGAAGAAGCUAUUCGUGUUCGACCGAGUGUUCGACGAGACGACCGACCAGGAGGGCGUCUGGGAGUACCUGAGCGACAGUGUGACAUCAUUUGUCAAAGGCUACAAUGUCUCGAUCCUCGCCUAUGGACAGUCGGGUGCCGGCAAGUCAUAUACCAUGGGCACUGCGGGGCCCUCAGAGCAGAGCGAGGCGGAGGUCAAGGGAAUCGUGCCCAGAGCUGCCGAAGCGCUGUUCGAGAAGCUCAAUGGUGGACAAGGCCCUGUGAGAGCCUCUGGACUGCAAACGCCAAAACGCUACUCCACUCAAGCGCUGCCGACCUACCUCUCUCUGCAGAAGGCCAAUCCAGCCACAAAGAAUUGGGAACUCCGCGCGUCGUACGUGGAGAUAUACAACGAGCAAUUGCGAGAUCUCUUGAUCCCAGAAUCUGUGCCCCAGGCGGAACGUGGCCAGGUAGCAAUUCGGGAAGAUACGAAAGGUCGGAUCAUGCUCACCGGUUUAACACAAGUCCCGAUCAACUCCGUUGAGGACAUGCUAAACGCUCUCAACUUCGGAUCGCAGAUCAGGCAAACGGAUGCAACCGCGAUCAAUGCCCGUUCCUCACGUUCACAUGCGGUCUUCAGCCUGAAUCUGAUCCAACGGAAGCAGGGCGAUGCGCCCCUCACAUCUAAGCAGGACAAACGAAGAUCAGUUCCGCUUGCGGAGACCAACGGAGGCGAUAGCAUCGUCACUCUGGACAGCAAACUACACUUCGUGGAUUUGGCCGGUAGCGAACGUUUGAAGAAUACCGGCGCUACGGGAGAAAGAGCAAAAGAGGGUAUCUCGAUCAAUGCAGGUCUGGCUAGUCUCGGCAAAGUCAUCUCUCAGUUGUCGGCGAAGGGCGGCAGUGGCCAUAUCUCAUAUCGCGAUUCUCGACUCACCCGAUUGCUGCAAGACUCACUUGGAGGCAACGCUAUUACUUUCAUGGUCGCCUGUGUGACGCCUGCGGUCUUCCAUCUCAGCGAGACGCUGAAUACAGUCACCUAUGCUCAGAGAGCUCGUGCGAUCCAAAGCAAACCCGAAAUUCAACAGAGCCACGAAGAGACGGACAAACAAGCCGCUAUUGACCGGCUGCGGGCUGAAGUCAGCUUCCUGCGCGAUCAACUUCGCCACUCCGAGCAUACUUCUGGACGAAUGUUAGAUGGCAAUGAUCGCGUGGAUAGAUCGCGGGGUCGUGAGAACGAACUGCAAUCACAAUUGAUGGAUAUGCAGGAACAUUACAAUGCCCUCAGUCAGCGACACGCUAAGCUCAUCGCUGAGAUCACAAAAACCCGAAGUGGUGAAGGAAGCGAUACCCCAAUCCUCAAUGAGGCAAUCGGCGAGAAUGCUAGCGAACGCAUCCAGCGAUCGAACUCCUUCGCCGAGGCCGUUGAGCAAGUUGUGCUUGAGUACGAGAAGACGAUCCAAACUCUUGAGACGUCACUUUCUCAGACGAGAUCUUCGCUUUCAAGUACAGAAAGCACGCUUUUGGAGAAAGAGACACGAUUGGCAUAUAUGGAUACCAUCCAAAAGCAACUGCAAACCCGGAUCGCAAAAUACAUGGAGCGGGAAGCCAACAAUGACUCGUACACCCGUGAUCUGGAGGAGAAGAUGGAAGGCGCUUCCUCGGAGGAAGACCGCAAAGACACCAUGAUCAAUGAGCUGCGAAAGGAGAUCGCGCGAGUCCGGGACAGCGAGGGCAAUGCCGAAGAGUACAUCUCCACACUCGAGGAGCGCCUGGCUGAAGCGGAGCAAGAUCAAGAGAUCAUGCAGCGUGAGAUUGACCGUCUUGAGCAUGUGGUGGAGCGGCAGAGAAGCAUCGGCAGACUUGAUAACCUCCUGGGCGAGCUCGAUGGCAUGCGAGAGGCUCCAACGAACGGUCGUGCGUCAAGUCGCUCACCUGAGCCUGCGGCGUACACAAACGGCCACAAUGACGACUACGACCCAUUCCGGGAUGGCUCGAGUGUCAAGGCGGAAGACGAGUCCGAUAAGGAGGACACGCAGAAGCUGUCGGUCGCUGGAGAAGAGUUGAAGAAGACGAUCACGGCAGAGUCUGCGCGCACACCAGCGCAGGAUGAUUUUGUGGCCGAAAAGCUUGAGAACCUGACACAGGAAUUCUUCGACUUGAGAUCCGAGCACGAAAAUGUGCUGACUGACUACGAUAACCUCCAACAGAAGUACAGGACAGCCCUGGAGACGCUCGCGAAACUGGAGUAUGGCAAGGAGGCUGAAACCAAGGCGCAACCGGAAGAAGAGUCGACUGCUGCGAGCAGCCGAAGCUCUUUUUUAGCAGAGGCGGGGAUGAAAGACGAGGACAAGGCUACCGAAGGGCAGCUUUCAUCCUCGCGGUCAUCACGUUCGGAAUUGUCCUCGCAGCAGCAGUUGAAUGGUGCCGCCGGAGAGAAAGCGAAGGAGCCUUCGGGCGAUGAGGCUCAGCCGAGCCCGACUACCAGCGAGCAUCAGCAGGUCCUCCUCGAGAUGGAGACUCUCAAGAAGUUACAUGCAGAAAAGGAGGUUUCCGUCGCGGAGCUCACCAAGAACUACAUGAGUCUGGCGCAGCGACACGAGACGACAUUGAGCCAGGUUGAAGAAUUGAAGCAAGAAGUGCUAAACAACAAGCGAUCGUCAUCACCAGCAUUCCCGUCAUCUCCAAGCUUCGGCUCAUCUCCUGGACUUCCUCCCAAGGGUUCAUGGAGGAGAAGGUCAGAAGAGAUACUUGGCAGCAAUUCCGACCGAGCUUCGAGAUCAUAUGUGUCGCUGCGCACGAUGGCACUCAAUAACUUCGAGGAUCAGGCUGAUGUGCGACACACGUUCGAGCAGCACCUCAAUACGGUGAUGGCCGAGCUUCAUUCGCGUUCCGAGCGUGUGCAGACAUUGGAAGGCGAGAUCGUGACCCUCCGCAAAGACAUGGAACAGAAGCAGACUAUUAUCACCGGUCUGACGCGAGAACGGUCAAGCUUGGCAGCAGCUAGCGCAUCAGGAGUGGACUUUUCAGUGGUCGGCCAGAUGAGGGAGCAGCUCAUGGAGAGCGAGAACAAGAUUCGUGCCCUCUAUGAGGAGCAUGCUGCCAGGGAAAAGGAGCUGCAGGACGAGGUCGAGCGACUCAAGACCAUCAUUUCGGAGCACCAAGCUUCUGCUGCUGACUCAUUGCCAACUCCGAAUGAGGUACCAGGACAAUUCCCAGUGACCCCAGGCUUGGAAGUUGUAUCCCAGCCUGAUCUGUCGAAGGGUCAGGCAAUCGAAGGCGCAUCCCAAGACGACGAGGUCGAGAGACUGCAGAAGGAGGUCGCAGCUUGGGAGAGCAAGCACCGCGAAGCAGUUGAAAGCAUGACGGCGUCGCAGAACACGCUCAUGAAGACCAUCUCAGAGCUUCAGGCGUCACUGGAACAAGCACAGAAGAGCGAGCGAUCUAUCUCAGGCGAGGAGAACACUAGCGCGAAUGAUCUGCUGGAACAGGAACGAGCGAAGCACCAAGCUAUUGUUGAGACUCUUGAGACGCAAGUCAAGGAGCACAAGUCCCUCGCCGAGGAACAUGCCGAGCGCCUUGAGCAGCUGCAACAGGAGCGUUCGAAGCAGGAGGCUCUGGUUGAGAAACUCGAAGCACAAGUCAAGGAGCACAAGACUGCUGCCGAUGAGCACGGUGGUCGACUGGAGAGUUUGCAGCAGCAACACGCUGAUUUGCAGAAACGGCUUGACAGCGACAGUGAUGCGAGAGACCUUGCACAGAAGGAGCUUGCACAACACAAGGACCUCGUGGCUAACCUCGAAAGCCAGCUGCAGGUUCAGAAGUCGGCGAUCACCAUUCACCAAGAAAGCUUGGAAUCCCUGCAAGCAGCUCACACCAAAGAGGUCGAGGAGCAUACCGCUCGCUACACCGAGCUACAGCAAAGACAUGAUAACGUGACAGCUGACCUCGAGGCACAAGUCAACGAGGCCAAGGAUGAAGUAUCAAGCUUAUUGCGCCUCGCGUCAUCUGCCCUUGGCUACGAGACAGAUCGGGAGCAGCUCCACGGCCACAUCUCUGGCCUGGUCGAGGAGGGCAAGGAGUUGCAUAGCAGACAUCUCAAGACGACAAAUGAUCUUAAAGCUGUGCAGGAGCAAUUGCAGACCGCAGUCAGCCGCUCGAACGAGUUGGAGAGCGAGGUGGAGGAGCUGAAGAAAUCGAGCGAGGAGAAAGCGAAGAAGCUGGAAGAGGUGACCGACAAGUACAACAAGACCUCAGCGCUUGUUGACCAGCUCGAAGAACAGCUCAAUUCGACGUACGAUGAGCAUCAAGCAACUAACAAGCGCUUGUCCAACAUGCAAUCGGAGACGAGCGAGGCCCGCAGCGCAUUGGAGAAGGAACUGGAGGAAGCCAAGUCGAGAAGCAUUCAUCUCGAGCAACAACUCAAUGCUUUCAAGCAUCUCUCAGUCACCUCAAAUUCCUCCUCCAACUGGAACCGCGAUUCCUUGUCGCCCGAUGCUGCUGGCCAUGUACUUGGCCGUCAAGGCUCUUCUUCAUCCACUCAACGCAAGACUGGGUCAGCAACGCUGCCAACUCCCCCGCCUUCAAUUCCCCUGCCGCCUCUCCCUGGAUCUCCCAAUUCCUCGGCGCCGUCUGGCAACACUCUCGACCGAACCACUUCACCAACGCCACGCGGCCAGUCUCCGCACAACAACUCGCCACCAACCUCGAGACAUGCUUCUCGCGAAGUUACUCCAAGUCCAGCUGUUUCGCAGCUUAUUGAGGAUCAGGAAGCGCGCAUUCGCACAAUCGAGAAGCAUUUGUUUGCCGAGAAGCAACUGACAGCAACGCUUGAAGAGGCGCUCGUCGAUCUUGAAACCUCCGCAAACCGGACCAAAUCUGAGAUGGAGAAUUGGCGAAAGAAAUGCCAGAGUCUGGAAGACGAGCUGGUCAGCUUGCGUAAGGAGCGCAGCAGUUCUCGCGCCAGUCUCCAGGCUGUCGAGGAAGAACGCGAGAUGCGUCUUCGCGCUGAACGCGCCCGACAAGCGCUCGAGCAGCGCAUGGCAGAGCUGAACACGAAUAAAAAAAAGAAGAAGGGCGGCUUGAACUGCUUCUAGGAAAAGCACGUCCGUCAGACCUUUGUCAUCCAUCGACAUCGCCAUAAACUACGUGCUCGAGAACUACACACCGGUUGCACACCUUACGGUUUUAUCACACCUUGAAACGAAUCACCAACUUUCCUUCAUCCACUCGCGAUUGUUUUUAUUGCCCGCUCCCGUGCUCGAGCACCCACGGACAUGCAACGAGCUUUUUGAUGUAUACAUGGGAUUCCGACUUUCCUUGUAUACGACAAGCUCUUUGUCCUGGCGAAUCCUGCACUGGGCGCAUCCACGAAGUAACAAGACGCUACGUAGGCGCAGAGCAGGAGCAUAAAAGGCGUUUUUCACCAGUUUGGAAAUUUCUAUAGAUGACAAGAGGGAGACUGCUGUAAGAAGAACAUGAGAAUGUGUGCUUGCUUUCUGGGAUUGGACUCUUUGUGGCAGGACUGACUGCUUUUUUUGGGAAUGGCUAAUACCCCUUUCACGCAAAAAAUGGUAGACUGCUCGCCUUUGCGCAGCGUCAAAGCAAUGCAUGUAUUAUUUGUAUAACAUUACUCGAUUGACAUUCUCUUUCGCUCAC